CACAUGUGUGAGCUAAUACUAAUUGUGUGGUAAAUAUGAAAGGGGUCUUAUUUCUUAUACUUACUAUAUUUGCCAGCGUUCUUGGGCGAGAAGGAUAUGGUCCUUACGAUCAAGAAUGGGGAUAUGUAAACGUAAGAGAACAAGCCUAUAUAUUUUGGUGGCUUUACUUCACUAAUGCUACACAAAAUCCUUAUGAGAGACCCUUGGCGAUCUGGCUUCAAGGUGGUCCCGGAGCUUCAUCCGUCGGGUAUGGCAAUUUCGAGGAAAUUGGACCUUUGGAUGAAAAUCUGAAUCUCAGAAAUUACACCUGGGUAAAGGACUUAAAUCUCCUUUUCGUUGAUAAUCCGGUUGGUACGGGUUUCAGCUACGUUGACGAUUUACGGGCCAUACCUACCACCAACAAACAAAUAGCGCUUGACUUCGUGGAGUUCCUAAAGGGAUUUUAUACGGCUCUUCCCCAAUUUGAGCCGGUACCCUUGUACAUAUUUUGCGAAUCAUAUGGUGGGAAGAUGACUGCGGAAAUAGCGUUAGAACUUGACCAGGCAAUUAAACGAGGUGAAAUUAAAUCAAAUCUCACCGGAAUAGUCCUCGGUGAUUCCUGGAUCGAUCCUUACCAUAGUGUCGAAAGCUGGUCGGAAUAUUUAUUUAACGUGGGUGCCAUCGAUUCCAAUGGAGUCGAAGCCCUACAGCAAACGACAAGAGAAUUAAAAACGGCAAUUGAUGAAGAACGCUGGGAGGAUGCAACAGAUAUUUGGAGAACGGCUGAAAGCGAUGUAUAUAUUUACGCAGGAGGAAUAGACUUUUACAACAUUCUCACGGAAAUCGAUGAUUACUAUGUACAAGAACUGAAGAGGCAAAACCCUCUUAGGAGAAUCGCCAAACGAGAGCUAAGAGAAGUUGACUCUCUUGAUGGUAUAAUGAAAAAUGUUAAAAAUGCACUAAAUCUUACCUCGAACUGGGGUGACUUCGAAAUAUAUGUGUUUGAUUUCUUAACCGGAGAUUUCAUGAAACCUGUAACUGACGUGGUUGAAAGACUUCUAAAUGAAACUACCAUCUCAGUUAACGUCCUUAGUGGCCAAUUAGAUUUGAUCGUCGCUACUCCAGGUACCGUGAAAUGGGUUGAGGAUCUAAAGUGGAAAAAUGCAAGUCAAUAUUUGAAAGCACCAAGGCGGGGAUUUUCAGUAAACGGCAUUUACGAAGGAUAUGAAAAAUCCUACGGAACAUUUACUUUCUACUGGGUAUUACGAGCAGGGCACAUGGUACCUGCGGAUAAUCCCAAAGGAAUGCAAUACAUAUUGGAAAAAGUAACUAAUAAUUACUCUGUAUAAAUAUUACUUUAAUAAACAUUC